AUAUGCGAGCAUAUGUAAGGUUAUGGUAAUUAAUCGUUUCGUUAUCGACGGGGCAGACUUGGAAUUGGCACAAUUGAAGAUGAACUCAGACUGCGGAGUGCACUAUCGUGUUUUUGUGAAUUAAUAUAUACGGGUCGGGACAUGGCGUAUGUUAAUGUAGCCGAAUGGAAAACACAUCAAGUGUGCGAGUGGUUAAAAGGAUUGGAUAAUGCUGUGCUCCCUUACGUUCAUAGUUUUAUGAAUCAUUAUGUCAACGGACAACAACUUUUAAGUUUGAGACCAGAGGAUCUAGAACAUCUUGGUGUAUUGAAACUUGGUCAUCAAGAAAUUAUUUUAGAAGCUGUAGAAUAUUUAAGAAAUUUCCAUUACGAAUUGGAUCGUGAAAAUUUGCAAUUGUUAGCACUAAGGUUGUCCUGUCAGGCACAUAGCUUGUACAAUGAACUAUCACGUCAAACUGAUUCUAAACCUGUUACUACGCAAACAUUAUCGGAUGUAGCGUCAGUAGUUAUGACUGUAAAACCAUUAGUAAGAUGGCUUGAUCGUCCUCCUUUCAGUGGUCAAUUGGAUUAUAAUGAUAAAAAAGUCAAAUUAAUGAAAUUAGCAUUAGAAAUGGCAACUUGUGCUCAAAGAGAUAGAUUUGCUGAAAAACCUAUUGAAAAAAUUCGAUCUACUUGUGAACAAUUAGCAAAAUUGGCCGACUAUGUAAUUCAAGAUGUUGCUGAUCCAAUGAUUUUACAACCAGUUACCUUGGAUUUGGCUACAUUAAAAAAAAGACCUGGCGACGAGUUGGGAUUUUAUAUUUUACCUUCCUUUCAUGGAAUACAUCAAAUAGCAGAUAUUAAAUUUGGAUCGGCUGCACAUCAAUGUGGAAAAAUGGAAGAAGGAGAUGAAAUAGUUCAAAUUAAUUAUCAAACUGUCGUCGGAUGGGAAAGAAAAAGCGUAUUGGAAUUAUUCCGUGAGAGUCCUAACGAAAUACUAGUAACAUUGAAAAGAAGACCAAGGCAUACUAAAGUAUAUGGACAAAUUUAUAUUAAACCAUAUAGACUUCCGAGCAAUAAAAAAACACCGUAUACGACAAGAUGGCAACAUAAUCUUCCAUCACCACGACCAGAAUUAUUAACUAUACCUGAUUUUACUAUGCCUUUGCCAAGGCAUACACCAAAGAAUACUAGCCCACAACCAGCAGAUAUUACAGAUACUGUUAAUAUACUUGAUACAAUAGCAACCGAUAGCAGCGAUUCUGAUAGCGAAGUUGAACCACCUGUAUCUGUUCGUUUGUAUUCUACCAAACCAAGAAGUUUAGUUCAAAGAAGAGCUACGAUAACUGGUGCUAGUCCAACUACUAAACACGGAGUCGAUAUAGAACAAUUUUGGAAAGAGUUGAAACAAGAACAUAGCACUACAUUCCAAUUAAGAGAUAAGGCAGCAUCCUGUGCACACAGUUUAGAUAGCGUACCAUCAAAUUUGCGCCCACAAACAUGCUUAGGUAUAGAAUCAACGUUAAGAAAAAAAAGACCUGAUACGCAAAUAGAUGAUAAAAAAGAUGAAUCUAAUGAAAAACCAAGCGAGACUGAAAUAACUCAUACGGAUGAAUGCAAAAGUUUAUUACAAGAUAUGAAAGAAGUUAACAAAGUAACUACUAUUAAUAAAGAAGUAUCAAGUGUUGUUUUAAGAAAUGUUGAUAGUUCUUCAUUUCAAAAAAUAAUCAAUUCAACUACCGUAAAUAAUAUGAGUGAUACAAAUGUGCCUUUAGAUGAAUGUAACAAUUGUUGUAUUAGUGAUAGAUCUAAUAAUAAUAAUAACAACAACAACAAUACUAAAUUAAACAGUAAUGAAUUUAAUGCGAGUAACGUUAAGGAUCGUGGAAGAUUAGAUAAAAGUUAUAGCACGCCUGCAUAUGAGGAUUCUAUAGAGAAUAAUGUUGAGAUUGAUAGAAAGUUAUUACUUUUGAAUAACUCAUUUGAAAAGACUAAUUAUUCUUCGUCCAAUGUUACGAAUUCAAAGGAUGUUACGUUUAAUAUGACUACUAAUGAAAAUAAAGAAGAACUACAGAAUAGAGAAAAUAUAAAUAAUGAAGAAGAAGAAGAAGAAGAAGAAAAAAAAGAGGAUAAUAAUGAUGAAAAUGUGAUUGUUAAUGUUUCACAAAAAAUAACUAAUUUUGAAAAUAAGAUUCGCUUGAACAAUAUUAUAACAGAUUCUACGCAAAUAAAUCUAGAUAAUAGAGAUUGUAAAGAUUGUUUGAAGGAGAACCAAAGCAAUAUUGUUGAAUCUAUAAUAUCGGAUAACGAAUUAGCCGAUAAAGAACACCUAGUAGAUAGCAUAAAACAUAAGGAAAUAGACAAUACUAUAAAAAGUGACUAUCAUAAAAUAACUGAGAACAAUAUAAUUGACUACGAUACGAAAGAAGAAAGAUUAGAAUUAAAUACUAAUUAUAUUGAAUUAAAAUCUGGCAGCAAUAAUGAAGACGACGACGUAGCAUUAAAAAGAUUUGGUAAGAUUUUACAAUCUAGUGACUAUAAUUCAAUGGAAAAAUUAACAACAGAACGACAAUAUUCUAGUUCACAUGUAAAAGAAGUUUCUACAGACGUACAGGAAGAAAUACCAAUAAAUAAUUGUUGUAAUUAUAAUGUAGAAAUGCAAGAUAUUAUGCAACGUACAACAAAGAUUCAAAUUAGUCCAAAUUCACGUAAUAAUGGUAUGAAAAAUUCAAAUCCUAUCGUUGUUGAACCUAAAAUACAUUCUUGUAGAUAUAUUGAAUUACCUAAAGUUGAAUCUACUAAAAAAUUUGAAAUAAGAUCACAUUUAAUACCACCUGAACCACCACCUCGUAAAUAUAUUCCUAAACCAGCAGAAGUACCUGAAUCUGGUAAUGUUUUGAAAUCAACAGGUAAAUCUAUAAUAUCACCAAGACAUCAUAUGAGAAAGGAUUCUAAAGGUGGUAAUAUUUUGAUAGAAAGAAACAACGAUUUAGAUCACAAUGAAAGUGACGAUUGUUUGAGUAUUUAUUCGAAAAGAAUGGACAAAUCUUCGAGUUUAAAUAAUAAAUUAAACGCAUCGAUUGACAAUCAAAGAUCAAUAUCAAUUGAUUCUACUACGGAUAUUAAUAAUUUUGAAAUUUAUGAUAAACAAUUGAGAGAUGAAAGAUCAUCCCAUUGUGAGAAACAUGAACAAUUCGUAGACAAAUUUGUUGUUUCUUCUAAUAAUUCAUUGUCGGAUUGUUACAAGUCUGAUAACUGCUCUUGGAAUAGCGAUUUUUCUGAAAGUUCAAUCUGUACAAAGCAAGAACAAUUAUUGGAAUCAUCCAGAUCGAAUAUUAGCAAACUAUCAGAAAAAGAUAAGAGCUUUGAGAAAGCUGUUGUUAAUAAAGCUAUGAUGGUAGCUAGAAGUAUUGGUUUACAUGGAGGUUUGAGUAAGUCUUCUAGCAACAGUCCAAGAAGUAAUAGAAAGAGGAAUACCUUAUUAGCAAAAAAAAGAAACAUAUCCGUAAAAGAUCUUGGUAUGGGCGAUAUGGAAGGAUGGUUAACAUAUCGCAGUAGAGGUGCUGGAGGUGCAUGGGCCAGAGCAUGGUUUGUUUUGAAACGUGCAGCUUUGUAUAGGUUCAAAAUGCAAAACAGUACGAAAGCUGACUGUCUUAUAGCUUUAACAGGUUUUACAGUAUCACAAGCAACUGAAGUCAAAUCAAGGAAGCAUGCUUUUAAAGUUUAUCAUACAGGAACAGUAUUUUAUUUUGCUGCUGAUACUGAAGAUUGUUUAACUCUUUGGCUCGAUGCUGUAAAUAAAGCAACAUUGGGAACAGACGUACACAAUAGAAACAGUGCACUUUUUAGUGAAACUGACGAAAGUGACAAUGAAUAUAAAAAUAAGUUGAAACUCACUAAUACUCCUGAAAGUAAACCUAACGUGGAAAAAUCAUUUGGAUCUUUAAAGAAAACUGUACGAAAGGAUCAAUUAUACAAAGACCAUGAAGCUGGUGGUGCGAGUUUGGAUAGAAAAUAUUUAAGAUUUCUUGGUACAAGAAAUCAAAAUAUUCCUGUACCAACAGCUCAGUUUAGAAGUUAUAGAAGAGUACUUCCUACAAAUAUGGCAAAUAAAAAAGAAGAUUGUAUGACGUAUUCUCCAGAUUUACAAAUGACAAUAGCAGGAAGUACGUUUUAUGGAUUAAGUGCUUCUCAAAGUGCCACUGAUAUGUCUUAUAGUAAUCAAGAAAUGAUUGAUUAUCGACGUCCUGCUGCAGAUAGAUUUACCAAUUGUCGCAGUAAAAAACCAGAAGAAUUGCAAGGAUUUAUAACUUUAGAACAAUUUAUGUUGUCUCAACAAGAGGAAGAUCAAAGACAAAAUACAAUGCAAAGAUCAAUAUCUCCUCGAGUUACACCUAAUGAUCACAUUUAUGCACAUAAUAGACACGUUAAUGAUGUUUGUCUAACUAACGAUGAAUCGUAUGCUGCUGAUGGAUAUAUUAAUGAAGGAAUUGUUUAUAAUCAAUAUAAAAAUAAUAGUGAGAUUUCUUCUUCUUCUUCGUUGUGCAGAAAUUCCAAAACACCUGACGAUUAUUACAAAACAACUCGUCAACAAAAUUUAUCAUCAUCAUCAUCAUCAUCAUCAAAUGUUAUUACUUCGAAUGAUAAAAAAACAGAUUGUUGCUUACACGACAAAUCUUGUAAAUGUAAAAAUGUUAUACAGCACAAAAGACAAUUAGAUCUUAGUAACAAUUAUAAAAGAAGAACACAAGAUAAUUUGUCUCAUCAAUCAUUUAGACAAAAUGAUUCUUUACCGAGACGACACGAAUUCCCACAACCAACAGUUCCAGUCUGUCAUAGUACGCCUGAUACUCGAAGUGAUAGUAGACAUAGAAAUAUCAGUUAUGAUCGUAAUGCACAUUUACCUACUCGUGAUAUACAGUUCAUAAAUCAUAAAGAAAAUAAAAGAUCUAACGAUUAUGCAAUUCCACAAGAAAUAGGUACUUUGAUAGAUGAUCUUCGAUUAGUAUCUAAGAGACUUCAUAAAAACGAAGAAAAUUCAGGAUCUAGCGGUGAUCUUACAUAUUUUGUUUCUUCUGAUACGUUACAACGAGCAAAGAAGGAAGCAACCGUAACGCGUAAAGGAAGUUUUAAUCUAGCUAAUCAUUGUCGAGAUUAUUUUCCUUCGGAUAAACGUUGGCUUGAUUCUUUGAGAUGCGUUGACAAGAAGAAUAUUAAUUAUGAUAGAAAUCGAUUGAAAAAUGCGGCACAAUAUCAGCCUCCACCGAUACCAGCUUCGUCGUUUGAACAAGAAGGAAUGAGAGCUACUUUUGAGAUGCAUCUUGAUAAAAAAGAUCAAGUUCAAAAAACUAAUAGAUUGAAAACUUUAUUCAGCACUAAAGGUCAUCAAAAACCGUGUACUUUGGAUUUACCUAAAGACGGUCAAAAAACUUUACUAGGAUCACCGAGAUUGCACAGAGCAUUGUUUUGGGAUAAAAAUUCUAAUCAUCAACAAAAAUCUUCUAUCAUCAACGAGACUCAAAGUCCUGGUGAUAGUGGAAUCAGUCAAUCAUUAAGUUCCUUCAGUACAAACAGUCAUUCCCAAAAUUUAAGUUACAGUUGCAGUUCAAUGAGCGAUUGGAGUCCUGAUACACCAGGACCUAACUCGCCACGCACAUCUAGAUCUAACGUUGGUGGUCACGUGUAUCAAAAAGAAAUGUCAUCUUCAGAAAGAAAAUGUCUUUCACCACCAAAGUUACCUUACAUACCACCACCAACAUCUCCACCUCCUGAUUAUCCUGGAUUGGAGUAUCCACCUGUAUUUGAACCUGGUACUUAUUCUUUGUCAGAUGCUUCUUUGUUACGUAAUCGUAAUAAGACUAUCGAUAGUAGUAAUACUCAGUAAAUAAGAAAUACAAACAUUAAAUACUAAUGUAUGUAUAAUAUCAUCCCACACAGUGUGUGUAUAUACUGAAAGUUACUUUAAUAGAAACAACCACCAAAGAUAAUUCUUUUCACUGUAAAGUAUUAUUUGAUAAACGAAAAUGUUACAAGAUUUCUAUUAAUUUAACUGAAAUUCAUAUUAGUAACAACAAACAAGCAAAAUAAGAAAAAAAAAAAAAAAAAGAAAAACAAGGAAAAUGUGUUUAGAACUAUGAUUCAGUUUAAGAAAAAAUAAAUCUGUCCAUUUUUGUCGCCUGCACACGUUCCAACGAUGUGAUGCUGCUGCAAAGAAUUAUAUAAAUUAGUAUUUGACAAUUUUUUAUAUAAUGAUAAAUUGGUAUACUGUUUAUAAUUAACAUAAGUAUUGAAAGAAACAGUUUCGCGAUUAUAUAGAUAACUGGAAGACUGAGAUAAUUGUUAUUUAACAUUGCCUUCUAGGUGCUAUAAAAUAGUGGUUGUGUUCAAAUCUAAGAACUCCAAAGAAUUCUACUUUUUACUACUAUAUAUAUAUAUACAUAAUAUAUACAUAUAUA